AUGAUACAUAUGCUAAAUGCAGCAGCUGAUCGAGUGAAAUGGACCAGAUCGAGGACUGCUAAAAGGGCUGCCUGCGUGGUGGCUGCAGCAUAUGCUCUGAAAACCCUCUGUCCCAUCAUUGGCAAGCGUUUAAAGCAAUCUGGCCACUGGAAGAAAAAAGAAGCUUACCCGGCUGCAGAGAAUAGAGAAAUACUGCAUUGCACCGAGGCCGCUUGUAAAAAACCUUCGCCUGGAGUGAAUGCAGAUUUUUUCAAACAGCUACUAGAACUUCGGAAAAUUCUCUUCCCUAAACUUGUGACCACUGAGACAGGAUGGCUCUGCCUCCACUCGGUAGCUCUAAUCUCAAGAACCUUUCUGUCUAUCUAUGUAGCUGGUUUGGAUGGAAAAAUCGUGAAAAGCAUUGUGGAAAAGAAGCCUCGGACUUUCAUCAUCAAAUUAAUCAAGUGGCUUAUGAUUGCCAUCCCUGCCACCUUUGUCAACAGUGCAAUAAGGUACCUAGAGGGCAAAUUGGCCUUGGCCUUCAGAACUCGCCUAGUCGACCAUGCCUAUGAAACCUAUUUUACAAAUCAGACUUAUUAUAAGGUGAUCAAUAUGGAUGGGAGGCUGGCAAACCCUGACCAGUCUCUUACUGAGGAUAUUAUGAUGUUCUCUCAAUCUGUGGCUCACUUGUAUUCCAAUCUGACCAAACCUAUUUUAGAUGUAAUCCUGACUUCCUAUACGCUCAUCAAGACUGCUACAUCCAGAGGAGCAAGCCCAAUUGGGCCCACCCUUUUAGCAGGGCUUGUGGUAUAUGCCACUGCUAAAGUGUUAAAAGCCUGCUCUCCCAAAUUUGGUAAAUUGGUGGCUGAAGAAGCUCAUAGGAAAGGCUAUUUGCGGUAUGUGCACUCCAGAAUUAUAGCCAAUGUUGAAGAAAUUGCCUUCUACAGAGGACAUAAGGUAGAAAUGAAGCAACUCCAGAAAAGUUACAAAGCUUUAGCAAAUCAGAUGAACCUCAUUUUAUCCAAACGUUUGUGGUACAUUAUGAUAGAGCAGUUCUUGAUGAAGUAUGUUUGGAGCAGCAGUGGACUAAUUAUGGUGGCUCUACCUAUUAUCACUGCAACUGGCUUUGCAGAUGGUGAUCUAGAGGAUGAUCGAAAGCAAGCUAUGGUUAGUGAGCGGACAGAAGCGUUUACCACUGCUCGAAAUUUAUUGGCCUCUGGAGCUGAUGCUAUUGAAAGGAUUAUGUCUUCAUACAAAGAGAUAACUGAAUUAGCAGGCUAUACUGCUCGAGUAUACAACAUGUUUUGGGUCUUUGAUGAAGUAAAAAGAGGCAUUUAUAAGAGAACUGCUGUCUUGCAAGAGUCUGAAAACCAUAGCAAGAGUGGAGUUAACAUAGAAUUACCCCUCAGUGAGACAUUGGAAAUCAAAGGAAAAGUUAUUGAUGUGGAUCAUGGAAUUAUUUGUGAAAAUGUUCCCAUAAUUACACCAACGGGAGAAGUGGUGGCUUCCAAGCUAAAGUUCAAAGUAGAAGAAGGAAUGCAUCUUUUGAUAACUGGUCCCAAUGGUUGUGGGAAAAGUUCUCUCUUCAGAAUUUUAAGUGGGCUCUGGCCUGUGUAUGAAGGAAUCCUAUAUAAACCACCUCCACAACAUAUGUUCUAUAUUCCACAAAGGCCGUACAUGUCUCUUGGAAGUCUUCGGGAUCAAGUCAUUUAUCCAGAUUCAGUGGAUGACAUGCAUGAUAAAGGCUAUACAGACCACGAUCUAGAUUGUAUUCUACAUAAUGUUCACCUCUAUCAUAUAGUUCAAAGAGAAGGAGGAUGGGAUGCUGUUAUGGACUGGAAAGAUGUCCUGUCAGGAGGGGAAAAGCAAAGAAUGGGCAUGGCUCGCAUGUUUUACCAUAGACCAAAAUAUGCAUUGCUGGAUGAAUGCACCAGCGCUGUCAGCAUUGAUGUUGAAGGAAAGAUAUUUCAGGCUGCGAAAGGGGCUGGAAUUUCCUUACUUUCUAUAACACACAGGCCUUCUCUUUGGAAAUACCACACUCAUUUAUUACAGUUUGAUGGUGAAGGAGGUUGGCGCUUUGAACAAUUGGACACUGCUAUUCGUUUAACACUAAGUGAAGAAAAACAAAAGCUAGAAUCUCAGCUAGCUGGAAUUCCCAAAAUGCAGCAGAGACUCAAUGAACUAUGUAAAAUUUUGGGAGAAGACUCGGUGCUGAAAACAAUAAAAAAUGAAGAUGAGACCUCCUAAUUUAUUUUGACAUGUUUUAAAAGUUAAUUUUUAGUUAAAGGCUCAGAGACAU